AGAUUCCCAAUGUUGUUAUUCGAAUGUUGCUUCUGCCGCGAGAAAGGCUGGCGUUCAAUUUUUAUCCAUUAUCUCGUCUCUCCCUCUCCGUAGACAGCCAAUUAACCGCCAGUUAUCAUGGACACCACGCUGAGCUUUGCCGGACAGAAUAACAAGUGGAACACAGCUGAAGAUGUCCAGGCAGCAGCAGAAGCUAUUCGCAACCACAAGGACUUGCGAUGUCUGGUACUCGAGGCCAAUACACUUGGUGUUGAGGCAGCCAAGGUGAUGGGAGAUGCACUAGCCAUGCACCCAGAGUUUGAGCGAGCGCACUGGAAGGAUCUGUUUACUGGUCGUUUGAAGACUGAGAUUCCCGAGGCCCUGCGCCACCUGUUCUCUGGCCUGAUACGUGCUGGUGCCAAGCUGAAGGAGCUAGACCUGAGUGACAAUGCCCUUGGCCCCGUGGGUGUGGAGGGCAUGGUGGACUUCAUGUCGUCACCCGUCUGCUAUUCCCUCCAGGAGCUGAGACUAAACAACAAUGGACUUGGCAUUAAGGGAGGAACUAUGCUUGCCGAGUCUCUCAUGAGGCUGGUGGAUAAUGCCAAAGCUGCUGGUACUCCACUAACUCUUAAGGUGUUUAUAGCUGGUCGCAACAGGCUUGAGAAAGAAGGUGCCAAGGUUUAUGCAAAGUUCUUCAAGGCUGUAGGCACUCUGGAAGAAGUUGCCAUGCCUCAGAAUGGCAUCUUCCAUGAGGGAAUUGCAGCUCUUGCAGAUGCUUUCAGUACCAACAACAACCUCCGUGUAGUUAACCUCAAUGACAACACCUUUACCCCCAAGGGUGCCCAGGCAAUGGCAGAUAAAUUGCCAAUGAUGCAGAAUUUAGAAGUGAUCAAUUUUGGAGACUGCCUCAUCAAAACAGCUGGAGCCAAGAUGAUUGCCAAAGCCUUAACUUCAGGACACAAGAAUCUGAGGGAGCUGUUCUUGGACAGUAAUGAGAUUAACAUCAAAGGUGGACUAGCAAUAGCGGAAGCCAUGGCAGAUAAAGAGAACUUGGACAAACUCAUGCUGGACUGCAAUCAGUUUGGUGAGGAUGGGCGGGAAAUGCUCAUUAGCCUUUUGAAUGACUUGGGUCAGUUAGAGGCCCUUGACUCCCUUGAGGAUGAUGAGGAUCCAGAUAGUGAGGAAGAGGAAGAUGAUGAUGACGACGACGAUGAUGACGAAGAUGAUGAGGAUGAGGAUGAAGAAGAGGAGGAAGAAGAGGAGGUUACACAGGUCCGUGGAUCUGGAGUGAGCCCUCUGAAGCGUGGCGAGUCUGUUGUCAUUCCAGUCAAGUGUACUGCAGAAGAGUUCUGCGAGCAGCCAACAGCAGCCAGACUUCUUGGUUUGGGGAACUCUGGUCCUUCUCAGUUAGUUGAAGAGGCUAAAAGAUUGGCAGAAGGAAGUGAAGAAGCCUUGAUCAACUUCUGCUUGAAGAUCUUAAUGCGAACUGGAUCAAUUGCCACAUCUAAUAAUGCAGAGGUUCAGAAAGCAGUUAAUGCUGCUACAGAGCAGCUGGCUAAGGCAGCAUUUGCAGCAGCCCAGAAAAGUGAUUCACUCUCCCUCGCUACAAAUAGUCUUCUGGUCCAUUUGGGACUCAUUAAAUGUGAGGACAAGAAAUUCAAAUUAGAGUGGGACCUUAAAGGAUGCCUGAUUGCCCUGGCCACGAUUGUGUCAUCACCACUCUUCCCAGAGCAGACAAAGAGCACAUUGCAGCUUUUCCUGUCGAAACCUAACCCGAAGAUAGAUGUCCACAAUCAGGAGAAACACAAACUUAUGGUAGCACUCUUUCAAUGAUAACUUCAGAUGUCAUAUCCAGCAACAAAAAUGAUAUUCAAGACUGGUGUUGUAAUUUUAAGUUGUACCGGUAUUUAUAAAUGUGCAAAAAGUGUCCAUACGAACAGUGAAUUUAUUUUUGUUGAGUGCCACAUACUCUCUUAUUUUCUUCCUUUUAUCUUUUAAACCCUUAAUUCCUCUCUUUAAUCUUUGUUUGAAUGAAAUGGGACUAAUUUUAGUCUUGAUUCAGUGCAGCCACCUUUGUCUACCAAAAGAGUAACUAAAUAUGUAUACUAAAUUAUAUGUAUAUAUCAGUCAUAUAUUACUCUAUUUAACUUCUCUGCAGUGAGUACCCAAUAAUUUAGUAGAAAACAGCCCAUUCUUAAAGAGAGUUAUUCUGAAAGAUUAUACCAUGAUAUCCUGUUGGAGUAGACGUCAUACAAAGGAAAAGUCUGAGCUAAAGAAAUAACAUACGAAUUUGCUUUAUUGAUAAUAGAUCAUGAUUGAUUGUAGUUUUUUUCACAAUAAUAGCCUGUUAAGAAAUUGUAAGUAUGCUCAGAUGAUAAAGUAGAAUGUGUAACAUCUUAAUUAUAGAACUGAUUAUAUGCUGAUAAUCACAUACUUAAGACAUUACCACAGUGUCUACUUACAUGGAAAUUUUUCUUGUUAGAAUAAUAUGUGACUGUGGUGAGAAUAUUUAGUGUGGUUAAAAAAAAAAAAUUGAAUGCAAUAUUUGCAAUGUGCAGGUAAAGUUCAUGACAUGCAAGAUUGUAAGUAAAUUCUAUUUUUAUACUCAAAAUGUAUGGUUUAUCUAGUUUCAUUUGUAUACAAAGGUUAAAAUGCAACAUUUUCCCUAUUUAUUGCAAUAGCACAUUUGUGCCACAAUUUGUCAGGAUGAAUUAUUGCAUUGUUUCAGACACUAUAGGAUUACAGUAUAUUUUCUGUCAAAUUACAUUUACAGAAUGUAUUCCACUGAAAUAGAAGCCAUAUGGAGUGUUAACUUUAAGACCAUUUAGAAUCAUUAGUGCAAAUUAAGCUCCUUUACUGGAGCAUCAGUAAAAAAGAUUGUUUAUAAUUGGAAAGAAGAUUCGUGGGUAACCUAAAGUUUAUUUGCUUCUGGAUAUUAAGAAGUUGAAGUUCAGAUGGAAACCAUGUAGAAUCUCCUAGCAGAUGAGCUAUCUUUCCGUGGACUAUUUUGAGAGGCAUUAUUUCUCUUAUAUUAAGAAAUCCCCCCCAGUGUUCGUUAGUUCAAAAGGUUACCAAAGAGUCAUCUUGAAAAUAAAAUGCCAAAUAUAA